AUGUUAAAUUCCUACCUCAGCCCAACCUUAAGGCUGAAGGCACCUGCUCCUCCUCACAUGCCCGCAUCUGAGAGCACGCAGCUGCUUAGUUUAGAGCCCAAGGAACUGCCUUUGCACCUCCAAACAGGCGGACAUCGGCUACCUUUCGUGAGCACCUCGGACAUCCGAGGAGGGGUCACGAAACGCUCUCCUUACCGGUUUCGGCAUCAGACCAAGCACCGAGGCCUCGGAGCCUUCCAGCCCGCCGUACCCUCCGGCGCAAGAUGGAACGGGCUGCGAGACAGCCACGCAGCAUCGCCCUCAGCGCAGAAAAGCUUAACGUUCGAGUGCGACCGUAGAAGUGCCAGGAGCAUCCUCUGCAGGAUUCGGAGGAUGCGCGCAGGUGGUGCAGAUAAACAGAACGCCUUCGCAUUUUCCAACGCAAGCCGGAGGAAGCAGCUGAUUGGAAGCUGGAAGAGGAGUAAAUCAAUGAAGCGUUUGCCCCUGCCCGAGGAGUCUCCGAAGAGCCGAUACACUCGUGACCUUACACACACGCGCCUCCUCAGCCACCUGAAGGAGACGUUAGCGCAGCAAGGCGAAAGGGGACCGCUCCACGGGCUGCUGCUGGGCGACGCCAGCUUGGCGGCCCGGAGAGACUUCAUCUCGGGCUUCACCGCCCUGCACUGGGCCGCCAAGAGCGGCAACUGCGACAUGGUGACAAAUAUCAUCAGAGCAGCUGAGAAGGGGGGGGCCCGCAUCAACGUGGACGCCAGGUCACACGGCGGCUACACGGCGCUCCACCUGGCCGCCAUACACGGCCAGGAGAAGAUCAUCACCAUGCUAGUCUACAGUUACCACGCCAAGACCGACCUGAGGGACUACAGCGGGAAGAAGCCGCACCAGUACUUAAAGGAAGGGGCCUCCUCUGCAGUCAGGCGCUUGCUGGGGGACCCCAGCCUUCCCCACAACGUGGAGCCCUCCGUGCCCAUCAAGAAGACCACAAAGCUUGCAGCUUCAAUCUUGAGCUCCACUAGCACUUUCCUCGGGGUCAUAUCCGAUGACAUGGCUUUCUACGAUCUCACCAAGGGUUUAAGGAAGCCCUCGUCCUUAAACAAGCUCCUGGCUGCCACUACGGGCCCGAGGAAGAAGCCAAAGACCAGAGGGGGCUUCCCUUCGUAUUCCUCCCUCUCCGAGGUAAUGGAGGAGGAGGAAGAGGAGGUUGUCGUGAAACGCAGACCUGUUUCUGAGCUGUUCUUUGGCCACUAA